AUGACUGUUAUUGAUACGGCCGCCGGGAUUUCGAUUAUGCCUCAAGUGGAAGGGAUGCCGGUGAGACCGUGCAAUCUGAGCGUACGUGCGGUUGGGGGUAUGCCACUCAGAGUCCUGGGUAAACAAUGUGUCAGUGUGCAGAUUGGCGGGGUGACCGUUAGCCAUGAGAUGUUCUUGAUCGAAUAUGUAACUGAGAUCAUAAUCGGUCUCGAUCUGCUCAGGUACGUGGGUGCGAAGGUUGAUUUCGCGAGAGGUAAACUAAUCGUGGGAUCGCAAGUACAUGAACUCAGGGAAACCAGCGCAUGCCCUUGUCAGCGUUGUGAGGAAAUCGGCCGUUCGGGAGUGUUCAAUUCCAUGUGUUAA